ACAGGCAAUAUUUUAGGAAAAUCUUACCCCGGAACUUGGCGGACCCAGUGGGGCCUUUCGUAAUGCUGGAGUACAACGUGGGUUGUAAUCAUGCCGAAAUCCAAGCGAGACAAGAAAAUAUCCUUAACAAAAACAGCAAAGAAGGGAUUAGAAGCAAAACAAAAAUUAAUUGAAGAGCUGCGUAAAUGUGUGGAUACAUACAGGUAUCUCUUCAUAUUUUCUGUUGCCAAUGUGAGGAACAGCAAAUUAAAAGUUAUCAGGACAGCAUGGAAGCACAGCAGGUUUUUCUUUGGAAAAAACAAAGUAAUGAUGGUUGCUUUGGGAAAAGGAUGUGAAGAUGAGUACAAAGAUAAUUUGCACAAGAUCAGCAAGCGUUUGAGAGGAGAGGUUGGCCUGCUAUUCACCAACAAAACCUGUGAAGAUGUUCAAGAGUACUUCAACCACUUUAAGGAGAUGGACUUUGCCCGUGCAGGAAAUAAGGCCAGCAUGAAUGUGACUCUGGAUGAGGGACCACUUGAACAGUUUCCUCACUCUAUGGAGCCUCAGUUACGGCAGCUUGGACUUCCCACAGCUCUGAAGAAAGGGGUUGUAACAUUGUUGUCAGAUUAUGAAGUUUGUAAAGAAGGAGAUGUUCUGACUCCAGAGCAGGCACGCAUUCUGAAACUCUUUGGAAUCCAAAUGGCAGAGUUUAAGGUGAAUAUCAGAUGUAUGUGGAAUUCAGAGACUGGGGAAUAUGAGCAGCUAAGUGAAGAAACCGAGGAAGAGGAUCAGGAAAUGGAUGAAGAUAUUGAUGAGUGAAGGACAGAUGGAAUCUCCCUGUUCAGUCACAACUGUCUUAUUGUUGAGCAUGAACACUUUGUUAAAACAGGGUUUUAUAAAAAAGCCUAACUUUCA